AGAGAGAGUCUGUUCUACGACGCCGACUUCGCGUAACUCGUUUGGGCCUCUGCCUCAGGGUUAUUGUAAACGAAAUACCAAAAAAAGUUGUUGGACAAAAAAGAGAAGAUGAUGCAGAUCUUCUAAUGUUUAUAUUUUUAGGUCAGACAAAUGGAUUUAGAAAUGGUAUGUCUCAAAAUGGUGGCUCUCAAUUCAAGAUUGAGCGAAGUUUGAAUGCUAGUGUACACAUGAAUGGGAUGAAAGGAAUUAAGGCGGAUGAGAAUAUGAGACGAGGGUUGGAUGACCUGGAGGAUGGGUUGGAUGGGAUGAGGGAUGAACGGAGUAGGUCGGAAGAAGAUAGAGAAACAUGGUUGCAAAAACAACAAAGGAAGUUGCAAGAGAGAAGAUUAGUUCCGCCUGGUCACCAGUCCUCAAACCAACCUGGAGUAAACCCAACCCGUCCUAGCUCAGCAACCCAACCUGGAGCUCAUCCUUCAAACCCUGUCAUUCAGGAAUUGAAAACCAGUUUGUACCGAGCCAGAAGUGGGUAUACAGAGACUACUGAUGGAUAUGUUAGUGAUGGAAACUCAGUAUUUAU